AUGCAAAAAAAUACUCCCGAGAACAGCAACUUAAAUGACCCCAUGAAGGAUGGCAAGGAGGGGGUAAAGCCGAACGACCUGAACGAUGAUAAUAUUUAUAUAUUUGAUGAGCCCGAUGAUGAACUGGAGGAGUUCGAAGAGAUGGGCAGCACAGCCCAUAACGUAGAUACAGAUUUGGAGAAUUGGGAAGAGGACUGGGGAGCAGCGGGAUGGGACGAUGACGACGACGAUGAUGAUAAAUUCAUUUUGAAGGUGGAGUCAGAAUUGCAGAACUUUAAAGCCACCUUGGAUGCCGAAAGGGAUUUGAAGAAAUGA